UUUUGCCGUAAUCACUCAGUUGAAAACAAAAACAGACGCGCUUCUCGCUCGUACGAUUAAUAUUAACCAGUCAUUCAUAUUUAAAUAUAAAAAAUAUAAAAAAGCAACUGAUAGUUUAGCUCAAAAUGAAGACGAACAACUUAUGGAAGCAUCUCAUUUUGUACUCAAUUCCAACUAUUCUGAUGAUGGGGCAAAAGGUCUCGACAUCCAACAGCUCCUUCUGGUCGGCCGCGGAGGAAGAGGACUGGGUCUCUUCAAUUGUAAACCUAACUACAAAACAUACCCCACAUCCGAAUAUGCUGAACGACACAGUUUAUCUUUACGUGGACUUGUACCAACUGCUCGGAAUUGACGAAAAAGAGGGUACUAUCAAUAUCAAACUAUGGCUGUACAUUUCAUACUACCUGCCUCAUAUCGUGUGGGAUCCUGCGACCAACGGGCUGUAUGGCAUCGAUCUGAAGCCUUAUACAGUUUGGACUCCUGACUUGGUUCCUUUUGACGUGACCGAGUUUGUGUCAGAUGUCUACGACAGACAAACCAUCACUUAUUUCGGACUAGUCAUCAGUAAGAGCUCACUGAUCAAUGCUAAAAUCACAUGCUCAAUUGCAGUCAAGUACUUUCCUUACGACAGUCAGGAAUGCAGCUUCAUGAUCAGCCAAUGGGUCCUUACAAACAAUUCUUACCAUGUCGGAAUAGACUCCGAUUUCUCACACCCUUCGGAGAUGCACCUUUACAUGUUCAAACAGAGCGGCCAGUGGCAUCUUAACGAACCUGUCAAAUACUAUCUCAAGCCUAGAAUUUUCAACAAUUCAACUUUCUUUAUUUUUGAGGGAAUUGAGUACGUUUUGAAGCUCCAACGACAUCCCGAAUUCUUCGUAACCGUCAUUGUAAUUCCCUCUUUCAUGAUGGGAGCUCUAUCAGUUUUGGCACUCGUAAUUCCAGUAGAAAGCGGCGAGAAAGUGUCACUAGCUGUUACUAUUCUCCUAGCCGAAGUCGUUGAGCUGCUCGUUUUAUCCGACAUUCUUCCGCCGAGCACAGCCGAAGACUUCCCGAUCGUCGGCACACUCGUGAUUUUCCUCGUUGUUCUCGCCUCUGUAGCUGUUGUCGUUUGUGUUCUGGUGAGUGCUCUUUAUUUCACGCCGACAUGCAAAUGUGCUCCCCAAUGGAUGAUUCGCGUAAUAAGCAGUCGUGUCAUGGACAUACUUUUCAUCGCCAAGCUCAACUUGGAUAACUGCAGAAAAACCGAAGAAACAACCAACGCGGAAUCAAAGCAGAGCGCAAAUGAAGAACCGAACACGUAUGCUGAAACUAAAGUGAACUCAAAAUCUACCAUUACGAAAAUGAAAAUUCAUCCAGAGUCCGGGGAACCAAAAUCUGACCCUAAAAAUUCUAUCAAAUCUGAGCUACAGUCGGAAAUCAACGCGAUAGGCUGGAAAAUGUUCGCUGAAUUCGUGGACCGGAUUUUCUUCAUAAUCUAUUUAAUAGUUCUCAUAGCUGGGUCAGCUUAUUUCUACACAGCCGCAACAAGCUAGAUAUUCAAAACUAACUUUGAAUCGUAUAAAAAUAAUUUCAUCGCAAAAAAUUGUUUGAAUUAUUCACUUCUUGGUAAAAAUUCAUAGAUUUGUCUUUUGAUUUUUUCUGAUCAAAGAAUUCCAAAACGCAG